AUGACUACCACCGAGGAUCGAGUGCUUGCAAAGCCGGCAGAGCUUUGUUGCAUCAAAGGCUCCAUUCAUUCUGGCGAGCAGAAAGGGACCAUCGAAAGCAUUAAUGGGGUCGACACAUACGUAUCCAGGCCCAGUCCUGAGAACGCAAACAACAAUGUCAUCCUCUACUUUCCAGACGCAUUUGGUCUGUAUAUCAACAGCUUCCUGAUCAUGGACUCGCUCGCUGCUUGCGGCUACCUCGUUUUGGGAGUUGACUACUUUCUUGGGGACGCCAUCUUGAAGUAUUCCAAGACCCCUCUCAAUGAUCCCAAUUUUGACUUCCAAGCCUGGAAGGGGAAGCACAUGAAAUCUUCUCAUGAAAUCGGUGAACGAUGGGUCAAGGAUGUAAAAGCUAUAUAUGGCAAAGACGACAAAACCAAAUUCGCAUGUGUGGGCUAUUGCUGGGGUGCGCAAUCUGUCUGCAAACAGUUGUCCAAGGAUGGCAUCUGCAAGGCUGGCGCUGUUGCUCAUCCGUCUUUCAUGAUGGAGAGUCAUAUCUAUGGCGUUGAAGAGCCUAUUUUCUUCUCGGUUCCCAACACCGACACCCUCUUUUCGCCCGAGUCACGCAGCAGAACGAUUGAGAUACUGACGGAACGCAAUAAGGAUUUCAACCUGCAAAUAUUCUCGAAGGUCACCCACGGCUUUGCUGCAAGAGCAUUCCUUGAAGAUCCGUACGAAAGGUGGGCAAAGGAGCAGAGUUUUAGGAGCUUCGUAGACUGGUUUGAUCAUUGGCUGUCGAAGGAGUCAGCGUGA